UUAGUGUGGGGGCUGUGGCGGAACACGCCGCCUUUGUUAUAAAAGAAACGGAGACCAACGUUGGACAGACAGUGGUACUCUGUUGACAGAUAGGGGAAAAAUUAGUGCAAUUCAUAGGAGGAGUUAACUGGCUAGUGUCAGCUGACGGAUAAUGGCUUGCUUGAAACUUUACACGAUCCUGUUGCUGGCUGUCAUCAUUGGCAUCGUUUCUGCUAAACCAGGAUACCUCGGUGGAUACGGUGGAUACGGAUAUUAUCCUUACAUUUACAGAUAUCCGUUCUAUGGAUACGGACACGGUUACGGGCAUUAUGGAUACGGCUUCCCUGGGUAUGGUUAUGGUCAUGGAUUCUAUCAUUAUUAAUCGAAAAGGCGAUCGUUUGGAUACUGCGAUAUACCCAAAGAAGAUAUAUUUACAUCUCUAUCCUAAUUUUUAGAUUUAUCGACUCUGCUCUAUCGAAAUCUUUCUUAAGAGAAGAACUGUAAAAAGAUAUCCAUAUACUUUCACGAUAUUCU